UUUUCUUCACCCUUCCUCAUCUUAGCUCUAUGGUGGCGGCAAAUUCUGGGUAUCGUGGCGGCAUCGAGACCAUCCCUCGAAAUUUGCUUCCAUUGACAAACUGUCAAAUUAUCUCACCACAUGUCAAUUCUCAGUUUCUCUCGAGUCGUCAAUCAUGGCGGUUUCCCUUUCCACGCCCAACAUUUCCUCCUGCAACAACAUUACUCGCCCUCCUCAUUUCUCUCGCACUUCCGAUUUCAAAUUCCGCCGCCGUAUCUGCUGCCACGUCCAUCGGAAGACGCUCUCCUUUAAUUCUAGCCCUACUCUACCAGAUUCGCUUCCUUCUCUUCACUACGCCAGACGGAAUUUAGCUAACUUCACUUGCUCGGCUGCUGAUAAACCGGAAAUCAGUUCCACGGCCAAGAUAAGAAGUGAAGUUCUGUCUCCAUUUCGGUCUGUUCGGAUGUUCUUUUAUCUCACUUUCAUCGCUAGUGGUACAUUGGGAGGACUGAUAGCAACCACUCAAUUGCUUGCUGCAUUGGCAAACUCAUCAAGAGCUGAAGAAGUCCCUGAUAUUCUAAAAGGACUUGGAAUAGACUUCGGAGCCGUAGCACUUUUUGCAUUUCUUUAUUUCAGAGAGAACAAUGCAAAAAACGCUCAGUUGGCUAGACUAUCAAGAGAAGAAAGCCUUUCCAAUUUAAAGCUUCGAGUGGACCAAAACAAAGUUAUUCCCAUCAGCACUCUGCGUGGGAUUGCUCGUCUGGUAAUUUGUGCCGGCCCUGAAUCCUUUAUCAUGGAAGCUUUUAAAUCAAGUGAACCAUUCACUGAACGACUUCUGGAACGGGGCGUUUUAGUCGUACCCCUUGCCACAGAUGUCAGUACUUUGAAUUUUGAGUUUGAUGAACGUGAAGAGGUGAAGGAUAUGACCACCAAAAGGAAAAGACUCUGGCGCUUGACUCCAGUUUACAUGACUGAGUGGUCAGCGUGGUUAGAUGAACAAAAGAAGUUGGCUGGAGUCUCCUCUGAUUCUCCUGUGUAUCUAUCUCUGCGAAUGGAUGGCCGUGUUCGUGGUAGCGGCGUGGGCUAUCCUCCAUGGAAUGCUCUUGUAGCACAAUUACCCCCUGUAAAAGGACUAUGGUCAGGUCUUCUAGAUGGGAUGGAUGGAAGAGUUCUUUGAAGAAAAACACUUUCUCUUCUUCCAAUGCUUAAACAGAUAAUAUGAAAUAGAAGCCCUUACCAUGGAAUGGAGUAAAGUUUUGCUAUCAUCUUUAAGCCAUUCAAGAUACUUCCAAUACAAAAGUUCCAACACCAUUGUCAUGGUGGAUUGGCUGAGAUAUACAGGUUUUUGUAAAGAGAUAAAAAGGAGAGAUUUAGCUUAUCUGACACCAUAAUUCUUAUUUUUUGUUAUCUAGAUUUAGUUAUUCUUGCAAAUUGUUAAUAGUUAGUUUAAUGUGUGUAUUUGUAAAGCAAUUAUACAUGGAGCUUGAUGUAAAUAACCAUGUUUUCUUAUGAAUAAGUUGGCUCUAGAGUUUUUUUUUUUUU